CGAUUACUUGGACCCUGCAGGUCCAUAUAAACGUGUUCAAUAUUUGAAGCAUCGAGGAGACAAGGAAAGCGAAACCCGAAUUAGAAUUACCAGCGGAAUUAGAGAGAACAGCCAAGCAUGGAUUGGACCAACACCAACUUGAGGCAGCAGCAGCACCACCACCUUGUUUCUCGACCUGAAUCUUCCUUUGGUUUCCUCUACAACUAUAAUUUCGACCCUUUUCCUCAUCCUGGCAUGGAGAUGAAGCAUCAUCAAGCCAUGUUCUCCGAGACACCACAAGGAUCGGUUCCUUCUUCCAUGGAGAGGAACAGUCAUCAUGUCAUGAGUUACGGCUGCAACAGUCAAGAGAAGAAGAAGCGAUUGUCAACCGAUCAGUUAGAGUCACUGGAGAGGAGUUUCCAAGAGGAAAUAAAGCUGGACCCUGACAGGAAGAUGAAGCUAUCGAGAGAUCUCGGCCUUCAGCCUCGGCAAAUCGCUGUUUGGUUCCAAAACCGACGAGCUAGGUGGAAGGCCAAGCAGCUCGAACGCUUGUACGAUGCGCUCAAACAAGAUUAUGACGCCGUCUCUAAAGAGAAGCAAAAGCUUCAAGACGAGGUCAUGAAACUGAAGACUAUUCUGAGAGAAGAAGUUGCUAGGAAGCAGGUUUCUCCGGGCUACACUGAAAUCUCCGGCGAAGAGACAGUGGAAAGCACUUCGGUCGCUGCCAUUCGAAGCUCGAACAAGGCAGGAGGGGUGAGCCAGCAUCAGAUUGCAGAGGGCAAUUAUCUUUUCAAUGUUGAGGAGUAUAACCCUGUAUCACCACCUUACUGGGGUGCCCUGCCUUCUUAUCCCUAAGAUCUUUUGUUGUUCAAGUUAUUUCUAACUUUAAUUUCUCAGGGUUUUGUUUGCUUUAUUGUCGUAGUACGCAGUAACUAGUAAGACACACUACUUUAUGUAAUUCCCAGCUAGAGUAUUAAAUUAGAGAGAAAUGACGUUACA